UAGAGGAUGAGAGAGAGGAAGGCGGCAAUGGAGGACCACUCCAUGUUUGGGAAGGAGGGAGGAAGGAGGGAAGGAGCAAAGGAGAGGAGGCUUCUUAAGGUCGCUCCCUUCUGCUCGGACCCUCACUUCGUCUCUCCUGACCUCACCUUCGUCUCCCAACACCACGCGUGACUCGGUGUCCUAGCCCCCCCCUCUGCUGCCAUGUGCGACGACGAGGAGAGCACCGCUCUGGUCUGUGAUAAUGGAUCAGGUCUUUGUAAGGCCGGUUUCGCGGGAGACGACGCCCCCAGAGCCGUCUUCCCGUCCAUCGUGGGGCGACCCCGGCACCAGGGUGUCAUGGUGGGCAUGGGACAGAAGGACAGCUACGUCGGCGACGAGGCUCAGAGCAAGAGAGGAAUUCUCACCCUCAAAUAUCCCAUCGAACACGGCAUCAUCACCAACUGGGACGACAUGGAGAAGAUCUGGCAUCACUCUUUCUACAAUGAGCUGCGAGUGGCCCCCGAGGAACAUCCAACCCUCCUGACUGAAGCUCCGCUCAACCCCAAAGCCAACAGGGAGAAGAUGACCCAGAUCAUGUUUGAGACCUUCAACGUCCCCGCCAUGUACGUAGCCAUCCAAGCCGUCUUGUCCCUCUACGCCUCUGGACGCACAACAGGUAUCGUUUUGGACUCCGGGGACGGUGUGACCCACAACGUUCCCAUCUACGAGGGCUACGCUCUGCCUCACGCCAUCAUGAGGUUGGACCUGGCAGGUCGCGACCUCACCGACUACCUCAUGAAGAUCCUGACUGAACGCGGCUACAGCUUUGUCACCACAGCCGAGCGUGAGAUUGUGCGGGACAUCAAGGAGAAGCUCUGCUACGUGGCUCUGGACUUCGAGAACGAGAUGGGCACGGCGGCGACGUCGUCCUCCCUGGAGAAGAGCUACGAGCUCCCUGACGGACAGGUCAUCACCAUCGGCAACGAGAGGUUCCGCUGCCCCGAGACUUUGUUCCAGCCUUCCUUCAUCGGCAUGGAGUCCGCCGGGAUCCACGAGACCACCUACAACAGCAUCAUGAAGUGUGACAUCGAUAUCCGCAAAGACCUGUACGCCAACAACGUGCUCUCGGGCGGGACCACCAUGUACCCGGGCAUCGCCGACCGCAUGCAAAAGGAGAUCACGGCGCUCGCCCCCAGCACCAUGAAGAUCAAGAUCAUCGCCCCCCCGGAGAGGAAGUACUCGGUGUGGAUCGGCGGCUCCAUCCUGGCCUCAUUGUCCACCUUCCAGCAGAUGUGGAUCAGCAAGCAGGAGUACGACGAGGCGGGGCCGUCCAUCGUCCACCGCAAGUGCUUCUAGGCACGCUCACGCGUCAUCUGUCAUGUGAUUGUGCUUCCGGUCCAACUCCCUACCUGUGAGACGUCCCCCCAACAUAAGCCCCGCCUCCAUAAAGUUAUCUUUUUUUUUUAUUUUGGCUGAUAAAUAUGAAAGGCGACAAUUAAAAGCUCUCAGACGCAAAAAAA